UUCCAAACCCCUCACAUCUGUCGCUGAACAAUGUCCCCAGCCGCCAUGGAUCAACCUCCCCUAACUUACCGGCGCCGGGAAGAGCCGGAAUUCGACAUGAGAGAUGAGUUCUUGAAGGCUUGCAUUACAAGGGAGAAUACCAAUUCAAGAAGAUUCUCAGCUUCCAACUUAACUAGUUUUAGAGAAGAAGCUAAAUCAUUUAGACACCCUACCACUAUCUCUAGCACAGCUUCUUCUCCUGGUUACACCCCAAAAGAUCACUUCGACCCUUCUACGUAUUCGUUUACAGCUGCACUCAAAGCUUUGCAGGCAAGGUCAGGGUCAGGGUCAGGGUCUGGUUGGGAGUAUGUGUAUGGGAACCCUUUGCACUCAAAAUGGAAUGAAGCUGAGAGGUAUAUAUGCAAUCCCCUCUCAGGACAAGUUCCAUUGGAAUGCUUGUCUGCCAAAACAUUGAGCGGAAGGUCCUUUCCUACUUCAACUAGGAUUACUAAGUCAGCCCCUCUCGUAUUCGCACAUGCGCGUCUCGUGCAAACGCGGACUACCAUAACACAUGAGGAGGAAGAAGACGAAGAAACUCCCACGUCAGAGAUGGAGCCUAUUCAGAGGAUUGGACGAAAUGGACAGAUGACAAGAGAUGUGGGAACUCAAAGUACCCCACCUUAUCUUAGUUCAGGCAAUACUAGCCCUGAAUCAGCUCCACCCCUUAAAGAGAUACCACUGACAAGCUGUGAAGUAGUAGGAGGAGAGCCGUUAAGCUUUCAUUUGAAAUCAAAAGCAAUGGAAAAUCAGUCUAGAGGACAAAUGAAGGAACGGGCAUUGAUGAAAAGAUUACAAGAAAUGGACGCGGAGAAGGCGAAACAUCGGAUUCCAAUCGCACAAGGAUUGCCAUUGACUACUGAUAAACCUGAGGUAAUGGUACACAAACCUCCAGUAAAAGAACAGACCAAGCCAAUGGAUAUCAAGCUUCGCACACAGCAACGAGCUUCCCUACGGGCAGGAUUCAAUGAUCUGGUUGCAUUCAAGAUGAGUUGGCUGGAGUAUCAGCAAAAACAACUAGAGAAGAUGAAAAAGAUUAUUGAAGAAGAAGAGAUUAAGACAUUGAGGAAGGAAAUGGUUCCAAGAGCCCAACUGAUGCCUCUUUUUGAUAGGCCCUUCUUCCCUCAAAGUUGUGUGAAGUUAGUCUUGGAGUUGAAUUGUUAUAUAUACAUGGUUGGAUGUAUCAGAUCAAACAGGCCUUUAACGGUUCCAAAGGAGCCCAGCUUCUACAGGCGCAACUACUGCAGUCGAAAUCUCUAUACUUUCCAGCAGCCUCUUAACCAAAACAUGAAGCCUAUCAAGUGAUCAACGGCUGAGAUACGAUGAAACAAUCAUAGGGACUUUGUGUUCUCAUGGUGUGUGGAUCAUGUUUCAGGGUACUAAGAUUGUAGCUUAAAAAUCAAAUUAGUGGGGUUUGCAUAGAUUUGAAAAUUAAAUGAUCUUGUAAGCUUUUCCUAAUCCAUUUCAUUGUAUUUUACUGCUGCAAUUGUCUGUUUCUCUAA